CCUGACCUUGGCACUAGUCCGAGCCCCCAGGCUGCAGAGAGGAGCUUUGCAAAGCGAGGGUGUGGAGGACCUGGUGCCCCAGACGGCCUCAGUCCCUCCCAGCUGCAGCAGCAGUGCCAUGUCCCGAACGGGCUCGCAUCCCGGGAGGGGCUUGGCGGGGCACCGGCUGUGCCGAGUCCAACCCCGCCUGCUGCUCCCCGCCGUGCCCCUCUCCAGGCUGGUGCGGCCACGGCGGCCGCUUCUACCGCCGCCGCUGCCGCUGCCGCCGCCGCCGCUGCCGCUGCUGCUGCUGGCCUGCCUCCUGCCCUCAGCCUGGCCCGCCAGCCCCCUCCCCCGGGAGGAGGAGAUCGUGUUUCCAGAGAAGCUCAACGGCAGCAUCCUGCCUGGCUCGGGCGCCUCUGCCAGGCUCUUGUACCGCUUGCCGGCCUUCGGGGAGACGCUGCUGCUAGAGCUGGAGCAGGAUCCCGGCGUGCGGGUCGAGGGGCUGACAGUGCAGUACUUGGGCCAGGCGCCUGAGCUGCUGGGCGGGGCAGAGCCAGGCACCUACCUGAGCGGCACCAUCAACGGCGAUCCGGAGUCAGUGGCAUCUCUUCACUGGGAUGGGGGAGCCCUGUUAGGUGUGUUGCAGUACCGGGGGGCUGAACUCCACCUCCAGCCCCUGGAGGGGGGCACCCUUAACUCUGCUGGGGGGCCUGGAGCUCACAUCCUCCGCCGGAAGAGUCCUGCCAGCGGCCAGGGUCCCAUGUGCAACGUCAAGGCUCCUCCUGGGAACCCCAGCCCCAGCCCCCGAAGAGCCAAGCGCUUUGCUUCCCUGAGCCGAUUCGUGGAGACCCUGGUGGUGGCCGAUGACAAGAUGGCAGCGUUUCAUGGUGCAGGGCUGAAGCGCUACCUGCUGACGGUCAUGGCAGCAGCAGCCAAGGCCUUCAAGCACCCAAGCAUCCGUAACCCUGUCAGCUUGGUGGUGACCCGGCUCGUGAUUCUGGGGUCAGGCGAGGAGGGGCCCCAGGUGGGGCCCAGUGCUGCGCAGACCCUACGCAGCUUCUGUGCCUGGCAGCGGGGCCUCAACACCCCGAAUGACUCGGACCCUGACCACUUCGACACAGCCAUCCUGUUUACUCGUCAGGACUUGUGUGGGGUCUCCACCUGUGACACUCUGGGUAUGGCUGAUGUGGGCACUGUGUGUGACCCUGCCCGCAGCUGCGCUAUCGUGGAAGAUGAUGGGCUCCAGUCGGCCUUUACUGCUGCUCAUGAGCUGGGCCACGUCUUCAACAUGCUGCACGACAACUCCAAGCAGUGUGCCAGUCUGAACGGGCACCGGAGCACCUCUCGCCAUGUCAUGGCUCCCGUGAUGGCGCACGUGGAUCCCGAGGAGCCCUGGUCCCCCUGCAGCGCCCACUUCGUCACCAACUUCCUGGACAAUGGCUAUGGGCAUUGUCUCCUGGACAAGCCAGAGGCUCCCCUGCAUCUGCCCGCGACCUUCCCUGGCAAGGACUACGACGCGGAUCGCCAGUGCCAGCUGACCUUCGGGCCCGACUCACACCACUGUCCGCAGCUGCCGCCGCCCUGUGCUGCCCUCUGGUGCUCUGGCCACCUCAACGGCCAUGCCAUGUGCCAGACCAAGCACUCGCCCUGGGCUGACGGCACGCCGUGUGGACCCGCACAGGCCUGCAUGGGCGGCCGCUGCCUCCACGUGGACCAGCUCCAAGACUUCAAUGUUCCACAGGCCGGCGGCUGGGGUCCCUGGGGACCAUGGGGCGACUGUUCUCGGAGCUGCGGGGGCGGCGUCCAGUUCUCCUCCCGGGACUGCACACGGCCUGUCCCCCGGAAUGGGGGCAAGUACUGUGAGGGCCGCCGGACCCGCUUCCGCUCCUGCAACACGGAGAACUGCCCGACUGGCUCAGCAUUGACCUUCCGCGAGGAGCAGUGUGCUGCCUUCAACCACCGCACUGACCUCUUCAAGAACUUCCCAGGGCCCAUGGACUGGGUCCCUCGCUACACAGGUGUGGCCCCCCAGGACCAGUGCAAACUCACCUGCCAGGCCCGAGCACUGGGCUACUACUACGUGCUGGAACCACGGGUGAUAGAUGGGACCCCAUGUUCCCCGGACAGCUCCUCAGUCUGCGUCCAGGGCCGCUGCAUUCAUGCUGGCUGUGACCGAGUCAUUGGCUCCAAAAAGAAGUUCGACAAGUGCAUGGUGUGCGGCGGCGACGGUUCUGGCUGCAGCAAGCAGUCCGGCUCCUUCAGAAAAUUCAGGUAUGGAUACAACAACGUGGUCACCAUCCCCGCCGGGGCCACCCAUAUACUUGUCCGGCAGCAGGGGGCCCCCAGCCUCCGCAGCAUCUACCUGGCCCUGAAGCUCCCAGACGGCUCCUAUGCCCUCAACGGGGAAUACACGCUGAUGCCCUCCCCUACGGACGUGGUCCUGCCCGGGGCAGUCAGCUUGCGCUACAGCGGGGCCACCGCAGCCUCCGAGACCCUGUCAGGCCACGGGCCGCUGGCCCAGCCCUUGACGCUGCAAGUCCUGGUGGCUGGCAACCCGCAGAACGCGCGCCUCCGCUACAGUUUCUUCGUGCCCCGGCCGAAGCCCUCAGCGCCCCGCCCCACUCCCCAGGACUGGCUGCACCGCAGGGCGCAGAUCCUGGAGAUUCUUCGACGGCGCCCCUGGGCGGGCAGGAAAUAACCUCACCAUCCCGGAUGCCCUUUCUGGGCACCGGGGCCUUGGACUAGCUGGGAGAAAGGAGGGGGCUUCUGCGGCUGCCUCCUGCCGGGACACAGUGGGGAAGGUCUCUCCGCCCCACCCCUGGGUGAGACACGCCCCUCCUCUCGGCCCUACACGCAGGCUGGCCCUGCCCUGGUUUCUGCCCUGGGAGGCAGUGACAGGCUGGCGGAUGGAAGGGGCUGGGGGACAGUCCCCUAUCUAAACUGCCCCCUCUGCCCUGCAGGUCACAGGAGGGAGGGGGAAGGCAGGGUAGGCCCGGGCCCUUGCUGUAUUUAUUUAGUAUUUAUUCACUUUUAGUUAGCACCAGGGAAGGGGACGAGGACUAGGGUCCUGGGGAAAUGAACCUCCUCCCCUCACAGCCCACACCCUGGCUAGGAAAUCCAGGCUGGUGGUGCUGGUCAGAAGUGAUCUGAAUGUGUUUGUGGGUGAGAAAAUGUGUGAGUGUGUGUGUGAGUGUGUGUGGGGGUGAGGUGCAACCCGCCCUACUUCCCUCUUCCUGAAUUUCAUGUCCCGGGAAGGACGAGGCAAGGGCGGGCUGGGCCUCCAGCGAGUGAGAGGUGACCAUAUUUUUAAUAUGUAAAUGGAAUCCUGCUAUUUAUGUGUUCCUUUUGGAGUUGGACAGAUGUGGGUCGCACCUUGGCCCCACGUCUCUGAGCAUUAGUUUUUUCAUUUGCCAAUAAUAAUAAUACCUCCCUUAGAAAUGUGUCGCGAGGAUUAAAUAAUGUAA